GUUUUCAUUCGCAACUUGCGAGCACGAAAGCCAAGCAACUCCACUCUUUUGCAUCUUGCACUGAUUCUGAUUCUUCAAGCAAUUCGUGUACGUGUUUCGUCUUCGUCCUCCAGCGGCGGAUGGUGCUCUGCGGUUGUGAAGCGAACUAGUUUCGGACGAUCACAACGCGAGUUCGGCCGAAAAAAAAAAAACGCAGAAAAAAGCUGACGAUCAGGACGCAAAGUAGUUUGAUUCCUGUGACAUUAAUUCCGAAAAUUCGUUUUUAAUAAAGUGCUUAUUAUAAAGACUGACUAUUUUUUAUAUCAAUUCGUCUAAGUGAUAUAUUUUCGAAUAUAUUUAGCAAAAAGGACAAAAAUGGCUUUGGCGUGCGAAGAUUCCCGAAUGUCGGUGGACAGCGAGCUGUCAAACUUGUCACCGUGCAAGCCAGUCGCAAACACAAACAACAACAAAACGACAUCAUCAGCAACUUAUCCAUUGUUGUCGACGGUGCUUUCAACGGAUGAGCGUCGUUUCGUCGUCAAAAAGGAAGAGCCGACCUCACCGAGUCAGAACCAGAAGCAGCAGGUGGAGUGCCCCAGAUUCAGCUGGGCCGAAAUAGUCGAAAAAGAGGAGCAGGAGAAGAACAGUCCGAAGAGUUCGCCACUGGUAAAGGAGGAAGAUUCGAGUGCGGUCAGCACAACGACGUCAACGUCGGAUCUGGUGAAGUGCGACACCAAAAUGUCCAUGGAAGAUAGUAACAGUAAUACCAGUCUGCGAUCCACGGGGUCCAAUCGGCAGAUAGAAAUUGAUAUUCUCGAUACAGCCAACGUGGAAAAGUACGAAAAGCUGGUGCGCGAUGACAAAAUAAAGUCUCCGUUCAAGCGGCGCCUCUCUGGUGGUGGAGAGGACGAUGAUACCAACAGAGACGACAGUCAUGCCAAGUUUGUCGAUGCGGAGCCUGGAUUCGACCAGCAGUACAAAAAGACCAAGAUCAGCGAGAACGAUCACGGUCGGGCGCGCUUCCGGAGGGAGAGUUCUUCCAGUUCGGCAGAUAGCGGCAGCCAGAGCAGCCGGAAACCGAUCGAGUACGAAAAGGACUUAUCGAUUCUGGAGCGCCGACAGAAGCAAAUCGAUUAUGGCAAGAAUACGCUCGGUUAUGAAAACUACAUCAAGCAGGUGUCGAGGGACAAACGCACGAAGGAACACCCGAAGACGCCACCAAAGCACGUCAAGUAUAGCCGCCGUGCUUGGGACGGACUAGUCAAAGUAUGGCGUAAGAAGCUACACUGUUUCGACCCUGAUGCAAAACAAGACGCUGAUAAUGAGCCAACUUUUCUGCAGGAGUGAACUUUGUAAUUCUGCUGUAGUCUGGUCCCAAACUCGUAAUAAACCGCAGAUGAAUCGUCCAGAGGCAGUCUUACCUUCAUGCAGUGAAUAGUUCAAGAGUAUUAGGUAAGUGUGUUGAAUAGUUACAAUUACCUAUCCUUUGGAAUCGAUAAAAGAAAACAUGCAUUCGAAUUGUACCGUACAAGCUGAUACCGAUUCGAUUCUGAUUAUAUUGUUAGUAAUUUAAUGGAUAUGUCUACGUGCGUGGAAUUCGUAGUGUAGGACAACUCUGUAUAAGUUGAUUGAAUAAAAAAAUAUUUGUAUGUUAAUCUAUACUAAGAGGAA